GGAUGGGCGCCACCUACUGGUCCACAUGUGCCAUGGACAGCAGCUGCCUGUUUUUCCUUAGAGCUCUACCCUCAAAGCCAGCUUUGCUGAACCUGAGAUGUAAUGUGCCUACCGCCGCGCGAGCCCGUCAGUACCGGACAAGCCAUGGCAGCCAACCGGGUCGGGAGGCGAUACAACCACAAGGUCCACUCGCCGAACCGGGGACCGAGGGAACCUGGGCUCCAUCUACAGAAGAGGCAGGCUCGGGUGACAGUGAAGUACAACAGAAAGGAGCUCCAGAAGCGCCUGGACGUGGAGAAGUGGAUCGAUGACAGGCUAGCGGAGCUGUACCUGGGGAGGGUGAGUUCCCCGACUGAAAGCGACCCGUGUCUGCUCGAUGGACAGGGCAGUAAUCGUUCCUUCAUGUUGCUAGUCACAUCCGCCGCAGGUGAGGAUCAGAAACAUUCCCUGCCGGUGCCCCGUUCAUCUGUCUUCGUGAAAGAGCUGAUGGAGAGGCUGCAGGGGCUGCAGAAGCAGGAGGAGCUACAGAACGAUGGCAUCGAGCACCCGCACUGAGGCUCACUGCCCGGGGCAGGAGGAGAGCUGCGCCGCCUCUCCCAGCGCCCCCAGCGGCCAGCGGCGACAGGAGGAAUAGCCACACGCAGGAGAGACUCUACUAACAGGAAGCAAAACUGAUCCACUCGUAACCCUCUGUCUGUAUAUAAUCCACACCACACGCUUUCAGCCACUUGACACGUAGUCAGUAUUCCCUGGUGCUGCCGCAGUGCCACUGGCUUCUCAGCCUCACACUGUUUUUACAUAACGUUGGAAGGGUUAAAGGGAUGGUCAGUUUCACCUGCAGUUCCCUCGUUAUGCCGGGUUAAGCUUGUUUCAGUCCCAGGACUGCCCUUUCCCAGGGGCGCCCUGGUGUUAGAACAGAAUGUGCAGGUUUUGCCAAAGAUUCUGAUUCGGAUGUGAGCUGUGUGCGGCAGCCCUGUGGCUCUUUUGGAUCCCUGGAUCCCUAGAAGUUCUGAGAGGCCUAUGGUAUUAGGAAGGCUCUGAGUGACCAGGAUUCCCACAAUAUUGGGUUAGGGCUGGGAUUAGUUAGCCAGUAUCUUCUUGGACCUCAUCAGUGACACUAAUUUGCCUCGACCUGCAGGUUUGCAGUGAUGUCUCUCCUGCUGGGCACUGUGCUGCUCCAGACAGCCUGCCAGAUCCUCUUCCAGAGUCCAGAAACAAUUGGGUUGGCAUCUCCAAAUUGGGUGUGUGUGGAUUUGGCACGAUUAUUUUCUUCCCUACCAGAUGAUUUCCCAGAAUAAGUUUCAGCAGAACUUCCUCAAAACCCGCAUUAGCAGGAAAAACAGGUCACAGCACCAAUCAGCCUAGACCAGGCAGCAGGAAGAAAACGCAGAGAAAGACGACAAAAGUAACGAAUAUGAAGUUUAGCAAUCCAACAGGAAGUGACACUACUUUUUUCCUCGGCCUCGCCAGUAUAACUUUGAUCUGUGAACCUCACUGAGUCGCUUCUUGAAGUAUCGCAGUCAGAUUUCGUCGGCAACGAUGUGCCUCCUUUCCUGGGGCUUGGGCUCGGAGCUUGACGUGAGAUAGCAGGGGAAAUGAGAACAUAAGGAAGGGUACAUCAUACGAGAGGAACCAUUCAGCCCGCAUGGCCUGUUCGGUAGUUAGUAGUUAAUUGAUCCAAAGAUCUCCUGCCACAGACUCCUGAUAGAAGCCAGGGUGUCCAGUUUAACAGCAUGGCUGGGCGGCAUGUUCCAGACUCCCACUCUGGGGAAUGAGGGCAGGGAGCAAGCUUGACACGAGAUAACUGGGGGAAGUAAGGGGUGACAGCCACCAUUCCUGCAUGCACAGACUUCACCGUCCUCUCCAGGUGUUCCAAAAAUAUCCCAGAAAGCCUCAGCCUGCGAUGAGGCGGCGACUCCCCCUGACAGAGAAGCACAGUCGAUGUACGUGGUGGUCCGGAAGGAUCGGGGCUCCGGUCCUGGCAGCAGUGAUGGGAAGAAGAUCAGUUUCCGGGGAGCACAGGGUUUCCUACAUCCUGGCCUGUGUUGCAGGUGUGCAGUGGGGGGGUGUUCAUGUCUAACCUGGUGUUGCCAGGUGCCAGAAGCGAUGGUUUGCGCCGCGGUGGACGUCUUCGAAAGUUGCCUUCAGUGCGGGCUCACCCUUCAGUCACCACAGCUCUCCGCUGUUCCUGCAUCGCCAGCAUGCGUCAUGAACACCCAACAUGAACAUGCAUCACGAAUACACAUCACACGCACCAGGAACAUGCGUCAUGAUUGUGCGUCAUGAGCACACAUUAUAAACACGCAUCAUGAAUGUGUUAUGAACAUACAUCUGUAACUACACAAGGCAUUGUGAUCUCUGUGUGUUGCGGUGGAGUAUGGAAGUUAUAAGAUCCUUUUCCCCAACUCCCCGUUUUAACCCCAUAACCAUCGCAUGCUGUGUUUGACCCGUCUCUCACCUCCGCGCCUGUCCUGCGUACAUUUUGAUUCCUGAUGUAAACCAUCGGUUCGUUUCAGAAUUGUUUUAUACUGUGUGUUUUUUUCCUAAUAACAGUUUUGAUAUGAUUUGUAAAUGGAUUUAUUUGAAUGCUUGUUUUUUGUAUAUUCUUUGAAAUAAAGGAGAGUUACUAUUGCA